AUGAAGCCACAAGCACAAUCAUGCACAAAACCCUAUUGUUUUUUUUGUGCCAUGAAUGAACCAAAUCCUCUUAUUAGAAGAACAAAACUUGCCAAAUGCUUCAAAGAAAUGCCCUUCACAGAUGACCAAGAACAAGUUUUGGUACUAAGUAGUCUAUGGAAUUUAGCCAUGAACCAACCAAAUGAUCCGGAAUUUCCUUCCUUAGGAAUUUUCCAAUGCAUGGCCAACUUUAUUCUCAAAGGUAUCAAUCAAAAAGAUUGGCUUCUUAAAGACCAAAACAUCUACAUACCCUAUUAUGCAGCUCAUAUUAUAGGUUCAUACACCAUGAACAACCCCAAAUUUGCUUUGAAAGUGACAAAGUGUGGUGUGAUUCCACCAUUAUUAGAGCUUCUAAGAGGAAAACUAAGUUGGGUUGAGCAACGAGUCGCGGUUCGAGCAUUAGGGCAUAUUGCAAGCCAUGAUAUAUCAUUCAAGAAGCUCAUUGAUUAUGAAGAAGUGAUUGUGGAAUUAUCAAUACAAAUGGCUUCAAAUUGCUUAAAAGUUGUAUAUGAAAACUUCAUAAGAAAAGGGGAAAAAGACAGGUUAAAGUAUCAUUGUGAUCUUCUUACAAGAGGGGUUAAAGAGCUAGAGUUAGAAAAUAGAAAAGCAGAGGAAUGGGCUAGUCAAUCACAAUGUUGGUCUAUUUCUCUAUUAGAUUGCUUUGUUAAGAGAAAAAGAGGCCUAAACAUGAUUUGUAAUCCAAUUUUACUUAAGGAUUUAAGUGGAAUGUGGGGUGGAUUAGUAAACAAAAGCUCUCCUUGUGGUAUAGGUCUUAUAAGAAGUUUGUGUCAUACAAAUAUAGGGAGAGCUAGUAUUGCAAAUUCAAAAGAAGUCAUUUUAGGCCUUGGCAAUACAACUAGAUCAUCGGACGAUUGGCAAUACAUGGCAAUUGAAUGUCUAUUGCUAAUGCUUAAAGAUCUAGAUACAAGAUACAAGGUUAUUGAUCAUGUGGUUGUUUAUCUCAAAGAUUUGGUCGAAAUUCGUAGUGUUCAAGGGAGAAAAAGGGUUGGGGAGAUGAUUACACAAGUUUUAUUGCAAGAUUAUGGGAAGAUUAAGUAUGGGAAGUUGAGAUUAAGUGAAGAAACUAAUAGGUUAUUGGAUGAAAUUUGGGAUAUCAAAGUUGAAAAGAGGAAAAAGGAGAAAUUAAUGAAUGAAGAGGAGAUUAUAGAGAGGAAGUCUUUAGCAACCCAAAUGAAGAAAGAAGGGAAUAAGCUAUUUUGGGUAGGAGAUAUUGAAGGUGGUUUGCUAAACUACACAAAAGCUUUAGAUUUAUGCCCUUUAAAGUAUACAAAAGAGAGGAUUGUUUUGUAUAGUAAUAGAGCUCAAUGUUAUUUGCUUCUUAAUAACCCAAAAAAUGUUAUUAGUGAUACAACAAGAGCAAUAUGUUUAUCAAGUAAAGGUAAACAACAUAGUAAAAGCCUUUGGAGAAGAUCACAAGCUUAUGACAUGAUAGGUUUGGCUAAGGAAAGUUUGAUGGAUUGCUUAUUGUUCAUACAUUGUAACAAGAAUUCUAAGCCUAAUCGGAGAAAGCGAUUUAAUGUUCCAUAUUUUGCUGUUCGUCUGAUUAGUAAACAAAUUCGUGUUACAUGGCUCUUUAAUGGUCUUGAUUUAAGGAUUGAGAAUGAUCAUAUUGAUGAAAUUAAAGAAUCAAAAGAUGUUGUGAAAUUGUGUAUUGAUUCAACAUUAGUGAAUGUUACUAUUGUAAUGUUUCAAUUAUUGAGGCAAAACUUUCUCAAGGGGUUUAUUGCUAACAACAGUUCUAGACCUAUGAUUCUUAAAGGGAACCCUUAUAAGAGUGGUAUUAGUGGGUCUGCUCGUCGUGCUAGGCAGAAGCAGGCAGUCAAACAUAGUCAGACUUAG